GAAAGUCACACGGCCAACUCGCAGAUAAAUAACCUCGAAGAACAGAGUGAAAGAAGCAUGACUCGCAAUGCGCGGGGAAGCGCCACCUACGCACGCACUAAAUCUCCGCCCUUCAAUUCUUCCGCAUCCCAUGCGGAAAAGCUUCGGCAUUGCACUCACGAUAGCCUGUAGACGCAGAAUACCUGCUUGAAGUAGUUUGGACGGAAUGCCUGUCGGUUUACGAUGUACCGAAACCUGGUGAUCAGUUCGCUUCACGCGAGACGUUUUCCGGCGGGACUACUUAACGUAGGCCUAUCCCAGCAGGAUCGGAGAUGUAGUCGCGAGAGUCAACAUGAAAACUAACGUCCUUGUUGCGGGCUUCGCCGCCCAAGUAGUCGCGACUGCAAUUGGCAACAGGAAGACAGUUCUGACGGCAGAAGCACAAAGUCUGUUCGAUCAUUCCAUGUUCGUACAAGAUAACCGAUAUGAUGCGUCCUACAACUACAUAGCGUACAGCGACAAAGGGUCAUGGUCUGUUCGGUUCACGGCCUGGUACCUGGCGGGUCUGCUGCAUCGAAACGAAGGAGAUGAUCUUGAACACGCAAAGGCUGCAAUUGAGAAUAUUAUUUCCGUCCAAAUGACGAGCGACUUCGAUGCUGCCUGGUAUGGGACCUACAAGCUGUCGCCUGACCAGCCUGAUCCAACGCCGAACUCGACUUUGUACCCACCCAAGAUUUACGACACUUAUGACCCAAAUUGGCGCGAGUUCGUCGGUACCCAGUUGAUCCAGGUCGUCGAAGAGUUUGGCCAUCUCAUCGGCUCUGAUCUGGUCUCUCGAAUCGAAGACUCCCUCGAAAUCGCCGCAGUAGGCGGCAUGCGCCGCAACGGUACCUUUCCUCAAGAUGAUAACCUCACGCUGGGCUACAGCAACCCUGGGAUGAUGCGUGCUCUGUUAGUAGGCUGGAUCGGCGCUCGCCGGAACAAUUCGACGUUUAUUGACUUUGCGAACGACCAAGGCACGAAACUACUGCAACUCUUCCAGCUCAACGGUGCAAACAUCCUGUCAGAAUAUAAUGCGCCGACAUACUACGGCAUCGAUUCGUGGGCACUAGGUGCGCAGCUGAAGUACGGACCAAAAGAUCAGACAUUCACCACCAACGCGAAGAUCAUCCUCGAGGAACUCUGGCGCGAUCUUGAGGAGCACUACAACGGUUACCUCGGCCAGAUGGUAGGACCUUACGACCGUGCCUACACACGAGACAUAGUGCAGCACUCAUCAAUCGUCUCGAUGUUCUUCUGGGGUAUGUUUGGCCACCAGUACGGUCCCCAACCACCAAAACUCGAGAGCGACCUACUCUUCGACAUCGCUCAGGGCGCAGCCAUUGCUCUCAUAAUCGACACUGUCAAGUCCAUCAUCCCGGCAGAUGUUGAAGAGAAGCUGAAGGGCACAUUCACCGGUUCACCUCGCCACCUUAACAAAACCAUCUACGACGACCUUGAGGGCAAACACUCGCGCAUCGCAACAUCAUGGAUGAGCCGCGAACUCAUGAUCGGAGGGCAGAAACUAGAUGAGCAGAUAAACAGGGGCGAUCAGUUUGUGCCUGCUAUUGUGCAUUGGGCUGGUGAUCAGAGCCAUAAGCCGUUUCCGCUGAGCACGUUCUUCUCUCUGUAUCCAAGUGCUAGCAGUAUCCAUGCUGUUGCGGAGCCGAACAGAUUGACGGUGAGCUAUCCGAACGGAACGCAAGAGGGAAGUGAUAUCUUCACGUUUGCGUUGAGCAAUGUGCCGCCGAGCUGGACAUUGGGAGGGCAUACGAUCACCGGGUUGGAUGGAGAGCUGCCGUGUGUGGAAAUCAAAGUUGAUGCGGCGGGAUUAGAGGCUCAGCCUGUGACGUAUGGGAAGGCGUUGAGAAACCAUUUGUUCUAUAACAUCUCAUAUGUCGUACCUGAGGAUUUUGAGGGGACGCCCAAAGUAGUGCUUGACAUCGAGUACACUCGUUGAACGAUCGUCAAG